AUGGCAUUUCGUAGGGUUUUACUCUCUCACCUCCGCCGACCGUAUGCUUCUCUCUCUCCUAACCAUGUCUCCGCCCCGUCCCAGCCCCUCCGUCUUUUCCAAUCCCGGCUAUUAUCAACUCCCACGGGCCUGGAAUCGAUCGGAGCUAGCCAUGAUAUAGUGACCCGACAUGUGGUCUCGUUGCUAGAUUCUUACCAUGACCUCACUGGAUUGCCCUGGUGGUUCGUGAUUGCUUCCUCCACUGUGGCUUUUAGAACGGCUUUGCUUCCUGUCCUGAUUUUGCAGCGCAAGCAAACAAGGACCAUUUCCCAGUUCUUACCUAAGUUACCGCCUUUUUGGCCUCCAAAGGGUUCAGGAAGGAGUGCUGUUGAACAGUUGAUGCUCUUUCGUAAUGAAAGAAAAUCUCUCGGCUGCCCUUCCUUCUUGUGGAUUCCUGCUUAUUUCUCCAUCCAGAUCUCAUGUUUUUUCUUGUGGAUAACUAGCAUUAGAAGAAUGUCACUAGAUCAUCAUCCUGGCUUUGAUACGGGUGGGGCUUUAUGGUUCCAAAAUUUGACUGAAAUUCCCAACGGUCUUUAUGGUCCACUUUUCCCCUUUUUGAUAGCUGGUUUGCAUUACACAAACACUCAGAUCGCUUUUGCAGCUUCUUCAGUUCACAAAGUUGAUAAAUUUGCGGAAUUAGCAAAAACUUACAAGAUAUUUUUGAACUUUUUGACAUUUGCUCUUUAUUUCCUUGCAUUCCAAAUGCCUCAGGGAAGUCUGCUUUACUGGUCCACCAAUUUAUCAUUCAGCAUAGCUCAGCAAUUAAUAAUCAAACAUCCUGUUGUAAGUGCUAAGUUGGGUCUACAAGGAGAUGACACUGUCCAGAAAGAGGCUGGAAACCCUAUUUUAACAAAUAUAGAAGAAGCGAAACUCACUGAUCCAUCCUCGAAAGGACGUUUGAUCUCGGGGCAUGAUUUAACCCCUAAGGAGCUGGUUGGUCUUUCUGCCAAAUACUUAUCUGGAGGGCAAAAGGAAAAAUCAAUUCCUCUAUUAAGAUUGGCAUUAGAAAAAGAUCCUGAAUAUCUUCAAGCUAUGGUUAUUCUUGGUCAGGCUUUAUAUCAGAAAGAACAAUUCGCUCAAGCUGCACAAUACUUAGAGCGGGCUGCUUCAAAGCUUAUUGAUGCCUGUCCAACAACAGUUGAAGAAGUCGAUCUUUUGAUUGUUGCAUCACAAUGGGCUGGAGUCUCCAAUAUACGCCAGGGGAAGACAUCAGAGGGAAUUACACACCUUGAAAGAGUAGCAAACAUGGAAGAGCCUGAUGAUCCCAAGAGCAAAGCUCAUUACUUAGACGCAUUGGUGCUCUACUCAAGUGCUAUUUUCAACGAAGGAAGGAGAGAUGAAGCAGCAAAGUGCUUGAGAAGAGUGGUUGCAUAUGAUCCAUCGUUCCAAGAAUUGUUGAAACAGUGCGAAGAAGAGGAUGAUAAUACCAUUCCCAUUACCGAUUCCACUUCUUCAUCUAACUCUACACACAAAACUUCAUAA